AUGUUGGGCCCCAGUGUGAUUAUUGUGUUUCUACUCGCAUGUGGGAGUUUUAGCGACGCGUUCUCCCUCAGUAGGAGAGUGCCAACCUACAAGAGAACUGAGGCCCAAAGAUAUGCGACAGCACCACCAGAGAGGAAGCUCCCCAGGUCGUCUGCUCAACAAUACAACGGCCUCCAGGUGGAGCAGAGCCACGUGACGGACAGUGCUCUCGCCUGGAGGUUUCCGGACGCUCCCGUGGAUCCAGUGAUGAGGCCUCCUGUUGAGUUUGAAGUGCAGAGGCCGGUGACGACUGACCGCAUUGCUGUGAGGUGUGGGGAGAGCAGGAUCCAGGUGGAACUGUAUCAGGACCUGCUGGGCCUCAACAAGCUGAUCCAACCGGAGGAAAUCAACCUUGGUGGUUGUCCACCCACUGAAAUUGAUGACUUGUCUCAUGUGCUCGUCUUUGAGUCGGAGCUGCAUGGCUGUGGCAGCACACUUAUGAUGACGGAGGACAGCUUCAUUUAUGCCUUCACACUUGUCUACAACCCAAAAGUGUGGGACAAAAGUGGCAUCACAAGGAGUCAGAGGGCCGUCAUUGGAGUGGAGUGCCAUUACCCGAGGAGGAUUUGAAAUCUCUCGUUGGCUAGAUGAGACUUCGGUUUACUGUUUUAUAGCAAAAAAAAACAUCA